GAGGGUGUGGAGAAAGGUGAGGACCUGGCGGCGGCAGCAGGAACCAGAGUGCCGGAGACACGCGGGUGGAGGCUGAGGCCCGCAGAAGGAAGGAACAAGGAGCGGCGGCGGCAGCAGCUGGAGGGAUUCCCGGCGUGGCCCCUAGCAUCUCCUGGGCGGAUUUUGUCUGUGGCGUGUGAAGCGAGAGGGAUUUAACGCGGUAGUGACUAUCGGCGGCGGCGGCGGUGGUGGCGGCGCGUAGUGCGGGAAGCGCGGAGGGGAUCGUGCCCGCGCCCCCCCUCCCGCCUCGGCCGCCUGUGUGGCUAAUUCUCCCCUAUCUGGACCAUGGCCGACGACGACGUGCUCUUCGAGGAUGUGUAUGAGCUCUGCGAGGUGAUCGGCAAGGGUCCAUUCAGUGUUGUACGGCGAUGUAUCAACAGAGAGACCGGACAACAGUUUGCUGUAAAGAUUGUCGAUGUAGCAAAGUUCACUUCAAGUCCAGGAUUAAGUACAGAAGAUCUAAAGAGAGAAGCAAGUAUCUGUCACAUGUUGAAACAUCCUCAUAUUGUUGAACUUUUGGAGACAUACAGUUCUGAUGGAAUGCUUUAUAUGGUUUUUGAAUUUAUGGAUGGUGCAGAUCUCUGCUUUGAAAUUGUAAAGAGAGCAGAUGCUGGUUUUGUAUACAGUGAAGCUGUAGCCAGUCAUUAUAUGAGACAGAUUCUGGAAGCACUACGCUAUUGUCAUGAUAAUAACAUAAUUCACAGGGAUGUGAAGCCACACUGUGUGCUACUUGCCUCAAAGGAAAAUUCAGCACCUGUAAAACUUGGAGGUUUUGGCGUUGCUAUUCAAUUAGGGGAAUCAGGACUCGUAGCUGGAGGACGGGUAGGAACACCUCAUUUUAUGGCCCCAGAAGUAGUAAAAAGAGAGCCUUAUGGAAAGCCUGUAGAUGUGUGGGGCUGUGGAGUGAUUCUUUUUAUUCUGCUUAGUGGUUGUUUGCCUUUUUAUGGAACAAAGGAAAGGUUAUUUGAAGGCAUUAUCAAAGGAAAGUAUAAGAUGAAUCCCAGGCAGUGGAGCCAUAUCUCUGAAAGUGCCAAAGAUCUGGUACGGCGCAUGCUUAUGCUGGACCCAGCGGAAAGAAUAACAGUUUAUGAGUCUCUCAACCACCCUUGGCUGAAGGAACGUGAUCGCUAUGCAUACAAGAUUCACCUUCCAGAAACUGUGGAGCAGCUGAGGAAAUUCAAUGCAAGAAGAAAAUUGAAGGGUGCAGUACUAGCAGCAGUAUCAAGCCACAAAUUCAAUUCUUUCUAUGGUGAUCCCCCUGAAGAACUGCCAGACUUCUCUGAAGACCCUACCUCCUCAGGAGCAGUUUCUCAGGUGUUGGACAGCCUAGAGGAAAUCCAUGCACUUACAGAUUGCAGUGAAAAAGACUUAGAUUUUUUACAUAGUGUUUUCCAAGAUCAGCAUCUUCAUACGCUACUAGAUCUUUAUGACAAAAUUAACACAAAAUCUUCACCACAAAUCAGGAAUCCUCCAAGUGAUGCUGUACAGAGAGCCAAAGAGGUAUUGGAAGAAAUUUCAUGUUACCCUGAAAAUAGUGAUGCAAAAGAACUUAAACGUAUUUUAACACAACCUCAUUUCAUGGCCUUACUUCAAACUCAUGAUGUGGUGGCACAUGAAGUUUACAGUGAUGAAGCAUUAAGAGUUACACCUCCUCCCACCUCUCCAUAUUUAAAUGGAGAUUCUCCUGAAAGCAUCAAUGGUGACUUGGACAUGGAGAAUGUAACAAGAGUACGAUUAGUUCAGUUCCAGAAAAACACAGAUGAACCCAUGACUUUAGAUUGUUUCUAUCGUCUAGCAAUUCUGUGUAUCUGA